GUCUUGAUACCACCCACUCUACCUCCACCAUUUUAAAUCUCCUCUCCAUCAGUUGCACAUUUGUAGCAAUUGAUUUUCCUUAAUACCCUUUGACAUAUAGACGUUGGUCAAGAUGUUCAGAAACGCUCUCAAGCAGUCCAGCAGGACGGUGGGCGCAAUUUCUGCUUCCGGCAGAAUUGCCACGCGAACUGCUGUUCCAGCAACUUUCAACGCAGCAUCAAGAUCAGUUCGAAGCUACGCAUCUGAUGCUAAGGCAUCCCCCACCGAAGUCUCUUCUAUUCUUGAGCAAAGAAUUAGAGGUGUUCAAGAGGAGUCCGGUCUCGCCGAGACUGGACGUGUUUUGUCCGUUGGUGAUGGUAUCGCUCGUGUACAUGGUAUGAGCAAUGUCCAAGCCGAGGAACUUGUCGAGUUCGCAUCCGGUGUCAAGGGCAUGUGCAUGAACUUGGAAGCUGGCCAAGUCGGUGUUGUGCUUUUCGGUUCUGAUCGUUUGGUCAAGGAGGGCGAGACCGUCAAGCGUACUGGAGAGAUUGUCGAUGUUCCCGUCGGAAUGGAGAUGCUCGGCCGGGUCAUUGAUGCUCUCGGAAACCCAAUCGAUGGUAAGGGACCUAUCAAGACUACUGAGAAGCGCCGUGCGCAACUCAAGGCUCCUGGUAUUCUCCCACGUCAAUCCGUCAACCAGCCAGUCCAAACCGGUCUUAAAUCUGUCGACGCAAUGGUACCUAUCGGACGUGGUCAACGUGAGUUGAUCAUUGGUGAUCGUCAAACCGGAAAGACUGCCGUUGCUCUCGAUGCUAUGCUCAAUCAAAAGCGUUGGAACGAUGGAAACGAUGAGACCAAGAAGCUUUACUGUGUCUAUGUCGCCGUCGGACAAAAGAGAUCUACUGUUGCCCAAUUGGUCAAAACCCUCGAGGAGAACGACGCCAUGAAGUAUUGUAUUGUUGUUGCAGCUACUGCUUCUGAAGCUGCUCCCCUUCAAUACAUUGCUCCCUUCACUGGUACCUCAAUUGGUGAAUACUUCAGAGACAACGGAAAGCAUGCUAUGAUCGUCUUUGAUGAUCUCUCCAAGCAGGCUGUUGCAUAUCGUCAAAUUUCCCGACUCCUUGAGCGUGCUGCUAAGAUGAACGACAAGCUUGGUGGUGGAUCCUUGACAGCUCUUCCGAUCAUUGAAACUCAAGGUGGUGAUGUAUCAGCUUAUAUCCCAACUAACGUUAUUUCUAUUACCGAUGGACAAAUUUUCUUGGAGGCCGAACUUUUCUACAAGGGUAUUCGUCCAGCCAUUAACGUCGGUCUUUCUGUCUCCCGUGUCGGAUCUGCUGCCCAACUUAAGGCAAUGAAGCAAGUCGCUGGUUCCUUGAAGCUUUUCUUGGCUCAAUACCGUGAAGUCGCUGCUUUCGCACAAUUCGGUUCCGAUUUGGAUGCUGCUACCAAGCAAACUCUUAACCGUGGUGAAAGAUUGACUGAGCUCCUCAAGCAAAAGCAAUACUCUCCCAUGGCCGUUAACGAAAUGGUUCCUCUCAUCUACGCCGGUGUCAACGGUCAUCUUGACUCCGUCCCAGUCAACAAGAUUCUCCAAUGGGAGGCUGACUUCAUCUCACAUCUCAAGACCAACGAGUCAGACUUGUUGGCAACAAUUGAUAAGGAGGGUGCUCUCAGCAAGGACCUCGAGGCUAAGUUGAAGGACGUCAUCACCUCUUUCACCAAGAGCUUCGUCUAAAUCAAUUGCUAAAAUAAAUCAUGGUCAUUCCCCCUUAUUCUUUUGUCCUUAGCAUGUGGGCCUGGGCGAGCUGUAUUUUGAACGUUGUGAUGAGGAAAGGAAAAAACUUAGUUAUGGUGGUAUGGAAGGCAGGAUGAGUGAUGAAUGAUCGGCGGAAGAUUUGAUAGAUCAAAAUCAAAGCUGUAAAAUAGACCGUCAAUUUUUCCGCGUGUUUUAUGAUUACAUGAUUCAAUGUGUCAAUUCAUGUUUGUAAAAUUGAUGUUACUAAUAGUGACUCGCGACUAGGAGAAGCAGAAUACUAAAAUCGAGUUUUCAA